AUGGCCACGGCUUACACAGAAGAGCACAAGCAGGAGCAAUUGUUAUCAGCCAUCCCAAGCUUCGCUUCUUGGUUCUUUUCGCACUUCAUGGACUUCUCUUCUCAGCCAAAGCAUUCCCGGGUCUGGCAUGCCAUUGGGGUACAAUUUGAGGAAUACAAAUCAAAGUCAAAGCUCAGGAAGUCCAAAGCCAAAGAUCUAGAUCCGGACUGUCAAGUCUCGUUCGAUUUCAGUCUCCUGCCCACGGAGAUCAGGUUGCAGGUAUGGGAGAUCAUUGCAACAGCCCCCCGAGCCGUGAUCCUGCGUUCGCCUUUCACCAAGAGCUGGAAGGAAAAGUUCACCGGUGAGAAAAAGAAGAGGAAGAUAACCCGAUCCCGUACCUGGUGGACGAACACUCCCGUCCCCUCCGUCCUACAUGUCAACCAGGAAUCCAGACGAGUGGGCUUAAAAUACUAUAAGCGCGGUCUCGCAAGCGGCUGGUACAACCCGAUAAUCUACAUCAACUAUAGCUCAGACUGGAUACUGCUAGGAAAAGAUGAGAUGAAGGACGACUGCUGCGAGCUGUGGUCCAAAAUGCAAGACCUCGAGAAGAUCGAGGGCCUCAUCGCGUCAUACUACGGGAUCGAGGGAUUCCUCAACCGCCUCAACACGCUGGAUGUCACACGCCGAUUCAGCAAGCUCGAGGACGUCCUCAUCACGCGCUCGCGGCACCUGAAGCGCAGCCGUCUGCCGCGAACCGCAACUGAAGACAUGGACGACUGGAUCAUCCACAAGUUUGAGCACUUUGGCAUCGCCUGGCUGCGAUUACUGCCGAGGGAUAUGAGGCUUGAACUUCACUGGUGCAACGCGAAACGCCAGCGCGGCUUGGCCUAUUUCGACCUGAUACCAAACGGGCAGUUGAACGCUUUUCCGACAGUAAUCUACCCCCAGCAGCCCCUUGUCACUCCAUGA